AUGUUGAUGAAAGAUUAUGCUAAUGCUUAUGCAACAACACCAAAUGUUGAUGGAAUUUAUACUGAUGAAAUGUUUCGGCGAAGAUUUCGAAUGCGAAGAGAGUUAUUUUUGGGCAUUGUCGAAAAAUUACAAAAUCAUUCAGAGUAUUCUCAAUGGAGAAUUGAUGCAACGGGAAGGAUGGGCUUGUCGCCACUUCAAAAAUGCACGGCAACUCUCCGUCAAUUGGCAUAUGGAGCCCCUGCCGACCAAUCCGAUGAAUAUCUAAGGCUUGCUGAAACCAUUGCUAUCGACUGUUUGAUCAACUUCUGCAAAUGUGUAUAUGAAGUAUUUGGGGACCAAUACUUGAGAAGACUAACUGCAGCUGACACCCAACAUUUACUUGAAAUGCAUGAGUGA